AUGGCGUUUCCUCAGUUGCAAUGGCAGCCCUGUUACAAUGGGCCCGAAGGUUGUUCUUCAUCCAAACUCAACCACACCGAGCGUUCACCUUGUGCUGGUAGCGAAAGUCUAGACCAGAAUCACCUUGUCAGCGACUUCAGGUUCGUUCUUGGAAGUAAUGAGCCGGAGCAGGAUGUUCAUGAAGGCACCAUCAGCUCUGAGUCAGCCGAGAGUCGGCGUAAACUCGUCUCCGAACCCUCCAUCCAGACCCUCGAAUGUCACACAGACACAGCUGGGCAGUCCUGGGGGCAGUCCGACCGGUUCGGGACAGCAUUUUACGGAAUUCCGCCACAAGACUGUACGCUCAAGAUAUACGGUUUGGAAUGCCCGAUGGCACAAGACGACAUGUGUGGGUUCUUGUGUGCAUUACAAUGCAAGUGGAAAGGAUGGAUGACGCAUGGGCUUUGA